GGACCCGAAGAGGCGGGGAAAACCGGUGGCCGCGGUGGCGGAACGGGCGGAGGUUGCCGGUUUCGUAACCGUCGCUCCUCCUCGCCGACUCGCGGGCUGCGAGGCCUGGGUCGGGUCGGGUCGGGCCGCGCCGCGCGGGGCCGCUCGGAGUGGAGGCCGUCUGGGGGCGGGCGGGCCGGCCGGAGGCGCAGGUACAUGUGAAGAUUUUUUGGCAGUUGAGUGUGGCCUCCUCGGAUCACAUUGCUCUGAUUUCUACCUAUUCUGUGUUGGCAAAGGAACGUGCCCAAAUGAGCAAGCUGUCGCAGCCAGCCACUACUCCAGGAGUGAAUGGAAUAAGUGUCAUUCAUACUCAGGCACAUGCCAGCGGCUUACAGCAGGUUCCUCAGCUGGUGCCCGCUGGGCCUGGGGGAGGGGGCAAGGCUGUGCCUCCAAGCAAGCAAAGCAAAAAGAGCUCACCCAUGGAUCGGAAUAGUGACGAAUACCGCCAGCGCAGAGAGCGGAACAAUAUGGCGGUGAAAAAAAGCCGGUUAAAAAGCAAGCAGAAAGCUCAAGAUACACUGCAAAGAGUAAACCAGCUCAAGGAAGAGAAUGAACGGUUGGAAGCCAAAAUUAAGUUGCUGACAAAGGAAUUAAGUGUACUGAAAGAUUUGUUUCUUGAGCAUGCGCACAGCCUCGCAGACAACGUGCAGCCCAUCAGCACGGAAACUACAGCGACAAAUUCUGAUAACCCAGGGCAGUAGAUCUCCUUCCAGGCCCAGGGCUUGUGACUUGAACAUGAGAGGUGUGACCACCCUGCACCCCUUGCUUCAGUGGCUGAACUCGGUCUCCUUCCAUUGGAGGUUGUUUUCUAGGCUCAACACUGAACAGCUGAUUAGCCAUGUAAUUUAUCUGGUCUUAAAUGAUAAUGGAUUUUUGAAGCACUAAAAGGAUUUAGGGUUUAUCGUUAAAACAAAAUUCCUGGACUUUAAUAUUCUUAAUAAAUCCUCACUUCCCCAGAAAUGGCUCUUUUGUAGGAAUGGGACAAUGGAAGGUCAUGUAGAAGGUACUGGGUUCUAAUGAGAGAAUACCUUGGAUUAAGAAAAGCUGAAUUCUAGCCGGGCGGUGGUGGCACACGCCUUUAAUCCCAGCACUUAGGAGACAGAGGCAGGCGGAUUUCUGAGUUCGUUGCCAGCCUGGUCUACAAAGUGAGUCCUAGGUCAGCCAGGGCUAUACAGAAAAACCCUGUCUCGAAAAACAAAAACAAAUAAACAAAAAAAACAAAACAAACAAACAAAAAGAAAAGCUGAAUUCCAUCUGGGUUCCUCAGUUUGUGAUUUUAUUCUAAAUUGUGUAUGGUAAAUUCUGGGGCUACAAAAACCAGUCCUAAUAAUUUGGCCCUAUUUUAUAGAUGUAUAAACCUGUGUUAGCAUUGUCAGCAUUGUUUUUUCCAACAUACAUAUUUUUAAAAAUGACUUUAGGUGAAGUAAAGAAACCCCAUCUGUCAUGUUGAGGAGGUGGUUAAAAUACAAAGUGUGUUUAGGAAGGAAGAAGUGGUCUUGGGCUUUUUUUUUUUUUCCCUUUUGUUUGUUUUAAAGGGCAUAGAGUGCGAUUGAACUUUGAGGGGCCUUCUGCUUAUUAGAUAAGCAUGGUCUCUGUCCUAAAAAACAGCAUCUACUGUGUACUGACAUUUUAGUUUCUGUGGACGCAAGUAAAUGCAGCAUUUGGUUUGGGGGAGAAACCAUUUUUUGUCAGCCAAGUUAGUAAAUAAAAUGCCUUGGCUUGAUGAUACAGACCAUGAUUUACAAUACUACUAAUUCAUUUGGUUUCUCCUGUGUUUGUUCAAAAUAACUGCCAAUGGGGCCAUGAUUUUUAAAGGUAAAGUGUUCGUGUGUGUGUGCUUGUGUGAAGAGGCACCUUUUGUUGUUUGAUCUCAACUGAACAAUUAUUAGAAAAAUGAAUCAACUUUAUGCCAUCUCUCAAAAGACUAGUCAAAGAAAACUUGAAAGUAUGAGGUUUGAAUCUUUAAUUUAUUUCCUAAAUUUUUAAAUUUUUAUUUCUUUGAGGAAUCUUUUUCUAGUUUAGUGGGCUGUUCUUCCAGACCUCAUGUGUUAUUGCUUCCAUUAGUAUGCUUUUGUGUUCUGUAUAACUUAUUUUAGAGAGAAAAUGCUGAUAAAACUCAGGAUAUUGACUCUUGUUGUGAAACUGAAAAGCUGGGUGUCUGUAGGGUCUGCUCUUAUCAGUGUUGUAUUUAGAUCGUCUUCUUGGUAACUCAUAGUUUGUGCACAGCUCCAGUGUCAGUUUGUUAGUUCCUGAGACGGUAGCUAAACAUGGGUCUUGUGUGAUCAAAGUUUGGGUUCUGGGAAUCUUGUUUGAAUGUGGUCAUUUCUGGCCCUGUGUUCUACUAGGACUUGGUAACCCCAGUGUCGCUCAGGUUGCUCCCUAGUAUGGCAGGAAGUUGCUGACUGUUCGGGACAGAAGCUUUCAGGGCCCUGGAGCUCAGCAGAGCUGAAGACAGGAGCCGACACUGUUCUUUGGGAGCCAAGAAAUGAGUGGGGUUUUAAAAAUUAGGGCUCAGUACCAUUUUACCUGGGUUGGAAUACCAUCUACUCCUAAAGAUUGAGAGAUGGUUUGGAUAACUAACAAGGACUCACCCAUAUAAUCCUAAUCUUCAUCAGUGGAUUGAUAAUUACGUAAUGAAUUUAAUUGGUGACACAGUUAGGUCCCACUUGAACAUGUAUGAGGCUAGGCAGACUUCCGGAAACUCUUACUUCUAAACACCAGCUUUCACAAAUGGAUGUUCUUGUGGAAUUUGUGGUUACCAGUGCUAGGACUUUAAAAAGCUGUAGGGAGGUCAGUGCUCAAGGUAUCAAAUCAGAACAUACAAAUGAGGUCCAUCUUUGCUCUUACCUUUGUAAAAGAGAUUGUUAGCACAAGCAAGUAGUUCCAUACUGAACACAAAUGUUUGGACUCAAAUGUUCUUACUCAAGUGGGAAUGAUGUUUAAUUUGAUAGAUUUCUCUGUAAAGUUGGGGGAAACUAGGUUUGGGGAAUGGGUAAACUUAAGGCUUUGGAAACUGUAGAGUGACUUUUGAAAGUCUUGUUACCGGGGGACCUUUAGAGUUUGAUCUGCCUUGUGGACAGGUUGGUGGCUUAGGAAUCAAACUGUAGUGUGAAUUAGCCUUGUCUCUGUCUCCUGGGAUGGCUGCCCUUUGACGAGUUCUGGGCAUAGAGGGGGAAUCAGAGCCACCCUCUCUGUCUAGCCCUUUGGGUCACAGGUGACUUUGGGAUCUCAGUAAGGAUUUAACUAAAAUAUGACUGGGUGUUUGAAAUUGGGUCAUGAGGCCAUUCAGUUUUUACGGUUCUCAAUUUAUGAAACUAGAAACAUGUACAGUUUGAUAAGAAAGGAUGCAGCUGCUUUUGUUUCUUAACCCUCUCACCCCUUUCCAGGGAAGCUUCGUGCCUGGACAACCCAUGGAGCUUGUAGAGUGCUCCUGAUGCCUUAGAAAUAGGAAAAGACGCCUGUUUGUGUGACAGGCUGGGGAAGAUUCCAUUCCACAGCUAAUCAGAUCUGCCUCAGGAAAAAUACUAACUUGUUCUAUCUGUUCCUGGCCUUCAGUUUGUGAGAUUACUCUAUUUUUUUAAAAUAUAAUUUUAUUUCUUUCAACGAAUUUAAAAAUAAAAAACACCUUUUGGAACAACGACUUUUUCUUCGUGGGUUUCUUUAUCUUGGACAUGAGCAAGAAGUUCAUUUGUAAUUGGCCCCAAAGAGCCUGCAAGGUGCCUCUUGCUGUUGUCCUGGGCUGGAGUGCAUGGACAGCGGGGUACUUUGUGCAAGUUUGGAUUUCCCUGAGUUGACAGGGAAGGAGUUGUCUCUAAACUUGGAAUGCAGCUUCAGUUGAUUGUAGUUGUUUGGUCUAACUUAAAACUGCAUCCCAGUGUAGGGGGCAGGAUGAAAGGGCUGCCUGUGUCCUGGUGGGUCCUAGCCUAUGGUUUCCAUUUGAGGUGUAUCCCCAACACUACAUUUUAGAGUAUGAAUACCAUCUUGACUUACACAGGGUAUAUGCCUGGAUAUGGAAGUGUACUGGCUGAUUUCAGAAAUAAAACAAGACUCUAAGAAACAGAAUUGUGUGUUGGGGGUGGGGGGUGGGGCAGGAAGAGGCCAUUUAGACGCUUUACUUUGGUCCUUUUAGUCUUUUCGUGUUUGGGGAAAUAAGUUUCUAAUUGUUGUGUGGUUGUGAAAAUUGUGUGGCUGAUUAUGGUGGUAUACACCUGUAACCCCAGUAUUACAGAGAUGAAGGUUGAGUUUAAGGCCAAUUUGAGUUUGAGUACCAUUGAGACCCUGUCUUAAAAAUGAAAAAAAAGAAAAUAAUUUCUAUGGGUGGUGCAGAACAGAAUUCCUUUGACUUCGUUGUAAUUUUUUGUUUGUUUUUCAGUUUUAGUGAGAUGGUCUUGUAGCCAGUGCUGGCCUUCAACUUGAUAUUCAGCCAAGUAUGACCUUGAACUUCUGGCCUUCCUGCCUCCACCUCUCAAGUGCUAGGAUUACAGGUAUGUACCACUACUUGUAUAUGACACUGGGUCUUGAACCUGGGGCUUUGUGUGUGCUAGGUGAGCUCUAGCAACAGAGCUGGAGCUCCUGCUCUAGUUCGUUUAUUCCUAGUAACUUGUGUUAGAAGUUUAUACUUUGUGACAAAAUCAGGUCUUAAUAAAAAAUACUUUUAGAAUGA